AUGUACUGCCCUCUGGUGGCCAGCAGCAUGGCCAGGAGGAGCCAGCCUGCACACACUCAGGCGUGUGCAGCCUGGCAGAAAGCACAGCUGUGCAGACACUUGGAGGCAGAAGGAGUCGGGACAGAGAGGAGGUUAGAAAGGAGGAGGAAAGCACCGACUGUGGGUACAAGUAAGAUCUGUGUGGUGCAGACCACCCAGGCACCCUGGCUGGACACACUGGCUGAGCACCUGGUGCCCAUCUCCCUGGGCAGGGGCCCCACCUUCGUCCCCACCUUUGUCUGGACACACAGAACUUUUGCCACCUCCCAACAGGUGUUGGGCCGACUGUUUACAAGGUAUGGGUGCAUGUGCCCGUAUGUUGAAGAGGACGGUGGACCUGUGGAGCAGCUGAAAAAAACCAGCUCCUAAAGCAGAUCAAGAUACGCCUCAAGGGGUAACGCAAACUCCAGUGGCCUCUCCAGGGCCAGAGCAGGCUCCAGGCUUGGCCCUCCCUGACCUGCGGGGGGCGCGGAAGAACCCAUGCAGCACGGGAGCAACUCGCCUCCGCUCCCGCGAGGCCUCUGGCCCCAGGUCUGAGCCGGUGUCAGCUGCCACAGCAGAGAGGGUCCC